GGGGGGUCCGCAUAGCUGGAAUAAGGAGAUUUCAGUCUGAUACAACUGGUGCGUGUCAAGUUUGUUGAUGUGCAUCAGUCGUGGGGUCCACGUAAUGGUUACUGUGCUCCAUACAGAGUUCUCUUGUAAUAGCAUAGGGGUUUUGAUUAUCAUGGCUGCUAACUAAAUCUGCUACGGGUAUGCUCGAGCCUCUACCAUCUGUCUUCUGGCCCGACAGUCCGGAAACAUCCAACACACGCGAAAGCGCCGUUCGAUCCACUUUUCUUUUUCUUUCUUUUUUAAUAUAUUAUUAUUUUUUUUUUUUUUUUUUUUUUUUUUUUUUUUUUAAUUUUUUUUUUUUUUUCGUCUGCGGUGCCGUUCACUGUCAGUGUCAGUGUGUCAGCAGCAUAGUAAACAAAGUAAGCAGUCAGAAACGUGCAAUUGCAGUUAUACAACCCAAGUUAUCAUAAUAGGAUAUACCCUGUCUAUACAAGCAUGUCUG